AAUGGCGUCCGCGUGGAGUGGGAAAAACACAAAAUUUAGAUUACUUUGAAUAUAGUGUGUUCAACUAGAAUGGAACAGUAUAGAAUUCUUGGUCGAAUUGGCGAAGGUGCCCAUGGCAUUGUUUUUAAAGCAAAACAUAUUCAAAGUGGUGAAGUGGUGGCAAUAAAAAAGGUUCCUUUAAGAAAACUGGAAGAUGGUAUUCCAAAUCAAGCAUUAAGGGAAAUAAAAGCUCUUCAAGAAAUAGAAAAUCAAUUUGUAGUUCAACUGAUUGAUGUGUUCCCAGAUGGUGCUGGGUUUGUUCUGGUGUUUGAAUACAUGUUAUCUGAUUUAUCUGAAGUCCUGAGAAAUUCAGAUUGUCCUCUUACUGAGGCACAGAUAAAGAGUUACAUGGGGAUGCUUCUUAAAGGUGUAGCAUAUUGUCAUGAAAACUCCAUUGUUCACAGGGACUUGAAGCCUGCUAAUCUUCUCAUAAGUCCAACUGGUCAUUUGAAAAUUGCUGAUUUUGGCCUUGCUCGGGUGUUUUCACCAGAACAGGAUCGUCUUUACAGUCAUCAGGUAGCCACAAGAUGGUACCGUGCACCAGAACUGCUUUAUGGAGCAAGAAAAUAUGAUGAAGGCGUGGACUUGUGGGCAGUUGGAUGUAUAUUUGGUGAACUUCUGAACAAUUCACCACUAUUUCCUGGUGAAAAUGACAUUGAACAGCUGUGUUGUGUUCUUCGCGUAUUAGGAACACCUGAUGAAGCCAGUUGGCCGGGAAUGACAGAGCUUCCUGAUUAUAAUAAAAUAACCUUUCCAGAAAUGCCACCGAUACCUCUAGAGAAACUUGUACCAGAUGCGACAGUCGAGGCAGUGGAACUGUUAAAGAAGUUUCUAGUUUAUCCAUCAAGAUCAAGAAUUGCUGCUUCUGAGGCGUUACUUCAUCCGUAUUUUUUCAAAGAACCAUUACCAGCUCAUCACUCGGAACUUCCUAUCCCCGCCAGGAACUCUCGACGACCAGGUGCUCGUGCUGGGGUGGGUAAGUUGUUUGAAACAGAAACACCACUUGAGAAAUCUUUGGUCCAACCGGACGAAAUUAAACCUUACAUCAGGAAAUACUGAGGCAAUAUGUUCAUAAAGAGAAUAUCUCACUAAUCUCGGUAGAGUAAUCCGCUCAGUAAAGUAGUUUCUCAACAAUCGGUCUAUGGGUAAACAACCUAAUACAGAAGACCCGUUUGGCGAGACCAUAUAAGCCAUGUCAGAAAAUACAAUGUGAGGCCUCAACAUCGAGGACAUUAUGUUAGAAACAUACAAGACCUCAAAAGACGUGCGUCUACCUACUGGUCGUAGAGAUGAUGGUACCACUAUAGUUGAUACUCCAGUUAUGACUGAUCUACUAUGUAAAACUGGUAUCAAUGAAGAAUAAGACAUGAAUCUUAAAACAGUCGUAUCUCAAAACAUGAGGUUUGGAGCCCUCACGUUUGGUCACACAAGAAGAAAAGAUGCUAGAGUAGAGCUGUACAGCCAACGUGUCUCACCACACCUUAUUAGUUAUGACCUAAAUUAUUUUGUGCAGACCUCGCUUUUGAGACGAUCAACGAUGCGGCCAUGCGGGGCUUUAUGAGUGUAGGCUGGGAGUGUGAUAAACAUUACAAUAUUUAUGUUGUGACUUAAAAUGCCCCUGCCUGUAAUGGCGUUAGACUAAAGAAAAGCUAACAUUAGAUGCAACACCUCACAAGUCACAUCUGCAUGCUGCAACAUGUUGCUGUAGCAACAGGGUUAUAUUAUUUGUAUAAACUAAUAGUUGCCAUAACAGCUGUUAAAUAUAUAUCCAAUAUGGCGAAUUACUGCACCUUUGAAAAUUUUCAUCAAAAUCGUUCUUUAAAACAAAAUGAAUACGUCAACGCUUCCACCAUUAUUGACCAUAUGUUCUGUAUUACAUACUUUAUCAUAAAAUUCAUUGCUAAUAUUCUCAGACGAUUGCGCCGACGAUUAUGCUAAAUUUUUCAUUAUGCUAAACUUUGUCCGAAAAUCUGUAACUUAUGCUAAACUAACAUAAUAGACCUUAUGCAUAAUGACGUAACAAGCCGUGGCACCUGCAGGGAAUUGUGAUCUUAGUAGUCCUGGCGGGAAAUUUUGAAGUUUGAAUUUUUCGCCGUGACUACCACUGAUCUUAUUUCAGAUCAGUGGUGACUACUAAAACCAAAAUUCCCUGCAGGCGUCACUGCCCCGGUUUAAGGUUAAGCGAAAGUGAAGCUGGCGAAUACAACAGAAUACAAAUAUUUACGAUUGAAAUCAUUAUUUUCACGUUUCCACAAGCAAAAAGCAGUGUUUUCAAACUUUUUUCUCGAAUUUCGAAGGUUCUUUAGAAAAUAAAAAAGUUGAAGUCGGACGCUACGCUCAGGUCGAGAGCGGACGCUAAACAAGUGAUUUUUUUAUGUAGCAACUGCUGAUUUAGGGCAGGGUAAGGCCUAUUAUUUCGAGUUUCAUAGCAGACGAUCAAGGAAGUCGAAGCCAGAUAAUGCAAACAAAACAUUUUUAU